AUUCCAAAAAUAUUUCAUGAUAGAGAUUUUAUUUAUACGUUACGUGAAUUACGUUUUGAAUUAACAACAUCAACAAUGACUGAAAAUGCAAGUGUUACUGGUAUUAAACCAUUAAGUUUAUUACGUGCAUUAGAACAUAAUUUUAAUGGAAUAUCAAAUGAACAAUUUCAAAAAUUAACUGAAAUUUUUUUUAAUUGUGUAAGACAACAAUGUAAAGAUUUUCUUUUACCAUCAAAAAAAGAACAACGUAGUACAUUAAAUAUUCUUAGUGAUUCAUUACAAUUAGAUUCAAUAAGACGUCGAUUAUAUGGUCGUUAUAAAUUAAUUAUUGAUGAAUCUGAAGAUGAAAGUGCAAUUCGACUUUUAUUUCAAACAGGUAUUAUUGAUAGUGAUCCAAAUAAAACAACAAUAUUUCGUAUGUCCGAUUUUCCAGAUGAUAUUAAUAAUGAAAUACGAAAUGUUGAAAUAUUGUCAACAAUUAAAUUAUGUAUGGAAACAGGAAAAACAAUAAUAAUGAUUAAUACUGGUCGUAUACAUGGAUCAUUAUAUGAUGUAUUUAAUCAAAAUUUUUCUAUUAUGGCUACAGGUGAUACACGAAAAAUAUUUUCAAAAGUAGCAAUUGGUCCAAAAACACUGGAUGUACCAGUUAAUGAAGAAUUUCAAUGUUUAGUACAAAUUAAACAUAGUGAAAUGAAAGAAAUUCCGGCACCAUUUCUAAGUAGAUUUCAAAAAUAUUCAUUGAAUAUCAAUGAUUUUUAUCGUAUUCAAUUUGAAAAUUUAUCAAAAACAGAUCAAAUAAUAAUGAAAAACAUUGAAGAUAAAGCACGAACAUUUAUUGAACAUUAUGGUAAACAAUAUUUUUAUGGUUUAAAUGAUAAUACACUUUAUUCUUGUUUACUAUCAUUAAUAAAAAUAAAUGAAAAUAAUAUGGAACAAGAAAAAAAUAAAACUUAUUUAAAUGUACAUCAUCAUUAUACACAAUUAGAACAAAAAUCAAAAUUAAUUAUUGAAGAAAAUCCAACCGAUAUACAACAAUGUUUAUUACGUUCAAUAUUAUCAAAAUUAAUACAACUUGUAUCACCUGAAUCAUUAAUAUUAAAAUUACCAACAUUUGAAGAUAGUAUAGCACGAUGGUUAUGUACAAAUUAUUUUCAAAAUCAAGAACAUUUCAAUAUUGAAAAUUUUAUUCGACAAUUAACAACAAUACCAACAGAUAUGAUAAAUGAAGGUGAUCAACAACAAUUAUCUCAAAAAAUAAAUAUUACAACAAAAGUAACAAUAUUCACGCGAACAUCAUCAUACAUUCUUGGAUUAAAUAAAAAUUCAAAGUAUCAAUUAUUUAAAGAGACUACGGAUAACAAUGAUGAAAUUGAUGUUUUAAAUUUGGUAAGUGAUUUCGAUUACUAUAAACUGACGAGGGAACCGAUUUAA